AAGUUAUUCUUGGUGCACUUCGUGUUGGUAUUUUGAAGGAACUUACUUGGACUUGGUAGGGUGGGUGUAUAUAAAAGAGAAACAUAAUGAAGAUGAAGGAUGUCUGCGGUUUGGACCAGAGCCGGACUUACCGGACGAUGUUUCUUCUGUGCGCGCUCAUGCCGCUUCCCACGAGCGCAGAUAUCACUUGCGCCUCGUGCUUCGCGCCAAUUAAAAUCCGUGGGAAUGAAACGCUUGAGCAAAUGAUACCAUCUGUCGUUGCAAACCGUCAGAUUGACAGCGUAACAUUUGGCAGCGCCGUCAAAGGCGGGAUAUUAAGGCUGGACAGACCUAAACUUUUCCCUAAAGCGCACGCAUCCAGACGGGACCGGGUGAGCCCAACGGAGGAAAAGGACGGAAACAUUUACUCAGCAUCACCGUCAGAGGGAAUCAAAGUGGACAGAAGGGUGAAGCGCGGCGUCUUUCCCUCAGAGCGCGAGAAAAGUGUCAACAGCGCGGCCGGUCCUCGGUCCGAGUUUAGGAGGACUGGAGGAGUUGAUGGCACCGCCAGGGGUCCGAGGCAGAAUGAGCCACACCUGGUCACGUCCACCUUCUCCUUGUCCGGAGAUUCUGCUCAUAAUCAGGCCAUGGUGCUGUGGUCCGGAUACAACAGCAGCGUGAUCCUGAUUCUGACAAAACUGUUCGACUUUAACCUCGGAACUGUGACAGAAAGUUCACUCUGGAGGUCUGUAGAUUUUGGGGCAACGUACGAAAAGCUGACAGAUAAAGUGAUGAGCAGAACAAUGCUGAGCUAUCUGUACGUCUGUCCGACCAAUAAGAGGAAGAUCCUGAUCUUAUCCGACCCGGAGGUGGAAAGCAGUUUACUUAUCAGUUCCGACGAAGGCGCAACUUUUCAAAAGUUCAAUAUUAACUUCUACAUUAUGAGUCUUCUGUUUCACCCUACGCAGGAGAAUUGGAUAUUGGCUUAUAGCCAUGACCAGAGGCUGUACAGUUCUGUAGACUUCGGGAAGAAGUGGAUUCUUGUUCAUGAACGAGUAACUCCAGGGCGAUUCUACUGGGCGCUGAGUGGUCUAGAUAAAGAUGCAGACCUGGUGCACAUCGAGGCCCGAACUGACAGUGGACAAAUGCAGUAUAUUACCUGUCGAGCCCAAAAGUGUUCGGAGGAGGGUAGGCAGUAUCCAUUCAGUGGCCGAAUCGACACCAACUCCUUGGUAGUGCAAGACCAAUACAUCUUCUUACAGCUAACCACGGCUGGAAGAACUACGUACUUUGUGUCCUACCAGCGAGGGCCCUUCAGGACCAUACAGCUCCCGAAAUACUGUCUACCCAAAGACAUGCACAUUGUCAGUACAGAUGAGGGGCAGGUGCUCGCAGCCGUGCAGGAGUGGAAUGAAAAUGACACCUACAGUCUGUACAUCUCUGACACUCCUGGAGUCUACUUUACGCGCUCGCUGCCAAACCUGCGCACGUCCCGCGGGCUUGCCGGAAACCUCAUCGUUGAUGUCUACAAGGUGUUGGGUGUUAGUGGGCUCAUCAUAGCCAAUAAGAAAGAAGACAUACAGAUGAAAACAUAUAUCACCUACAACAAAGGGCAGACAUGGGCCUUACUGCAACCGCCAACAAAGGAUGCUACAGGAAAUGACAUCAACUGCAACCUGCCAUCGUGCUCCCUGCACCUUCACCUACAGAUGUCUGAAAACCCCUACACACCUGACACUAUCUCCACCAAGCAAUCCGCUCCAGGAAUUAUUGUGGCCACAGGUAACAUUGGGCCCGAGCUGUCCUUCUCUAACACAGGAAUGUUUAUCUCUUCUGAUGCUGGUAACACCUGGAGACAGAUUUUCGAAGAGGAGCACAGCGUUUGGUUUUUGGACCAUGGAGGGGCUUUAUUAGCUGUUACCCAAUCUGCAGUUCCCACACGGUAUUUAUGGAUUAGUUUGGAUGAAGGCAGGCAGUGGGAUAGACUCAGCUUUUCAUCUACUCCUCUGUUUGUUGACGGGGUUUUGAUGACUCCGGAGACGGAAAAUCACAUCAUUACAUUCUUCGGACACUUUAGUUACCACUCCGACUGGCAGCUGAUAAAGAGUGACUACAGCUCCCUGUUUGGGCGGAAAUGCACAGACGGAGACUUUCAGACAUGGCACCUGCAUAACAAGGGCGAGGUGUGUGUGAUGGGAGAGAGACAGGUGUAUAUGAAGAGGAAGCCGGGCACACGGUGCUCUCUGGGUCGAGAGUAUUCUCGAGUCGUUUCAGCUGAGCCCUGCAUCUGUAGCCUCUAUGACUUUGAGUGUGAUUAUGGGUUUGAGAGACAGGCCAGUGGAAAAUGUGCACCUGCAUUCUGGUAUGAUGUGAAUUUACCUUCCCACACCUGCAGCCAUGGACAGCAUUUCCGCAACAGCACGGGGUACCGAAAAGUGAUGUUGAAUAACUGUAGAGAGGGUCUGAAGGAAACACUAAGUCCGAGAAUGCAACAGUGUAAGCCCAUUGCUCCAAGUGGCCUACAGUUGAGCACCAGGAACUCCCAGCUCACUGCUGUACUGGGAACCAAUAUCACCUUCAGAGUAACACUCCAAAAUGGUGACUCCUUGUCUACAAGUCUUCAUGUUGACUUUGGAGAUGGCACCUCUGUGUCAUACUCUAACAUCAGUCGACUCGGUGACAGCAUCGCACACACGUACAGGAUGGCUGGGAUAUUCAGGGUCACCGCACAUGCUCAGAACAGCCAGGGAUCUGACAGCAGUUCAGUCUAUCUGCACAUCACCAGUCCCGUGGAGCGUAUAUUUCUCUCAGCACCUGUGGUCGUCAUUAGAGGAAGAGAGGCCAACCUGACGGCAGUGCUGUGGCCCAGUCAGCCCCGGACCGCUACCUUCUACUGGUGGUUCAAUAACAGCACAGAGCCACUGAUCACACUGCGAGGAAGCGUGUCGCACACGUUCACGCAGGAGGGGUCUCACUCUAUCAACGUCCAGGUGUCUGCCGGAGGGGUUGUCUUACAGGACGUCAAAACCAUCACUGUCAAAGAGUUCUUUCGUUCUUUAUUGCUGUCAUUCUCUCCCAACCUAGAAGAGCACAACCCGUCUGUCGCCGAGUGGAGACAGGACGUGGGGCGCGUUGUCAGGGCAACGCUCACUCAGGUUUGUGGGAUCCCUGAGCGCCAGUUAUUGGUUUCUGUGUUUCCAGGAUCACCAACAGCUGCUGAGCUCUUUAUCCUACCAGAGAAGAAUCAGUCGGCAUACAGAUCACAAAAAGAAGAACAACUUGAUAAAAUGUCAGAGGUGCUCAUGAAUGCUUUAAAUCAGAACCUGAUCCAGUUUGAUUUGAAGCCGGACACACGGGUCACAGUAUCCGUGUCUCAGCUCACUCUGGCACCCCUGGUGGACUCCACUGCUCUCCCCAGUGGUUCUGCCAUGCUGUUACUGGUUUCUCUUGGUCUGGUCGGGUUGGCCAUUCUCUUCGUAUACAAGUUCAAACGUAAGAUCCCGUGGAUCCAUGUGGAGACCGAGGACACCCACGAGAAGGAGCCAGAGAUGAUCAGCGCCGUCGGACAGGAGAAGAACGGCACGAGUACGACAGACACACCUUCGUUCAAUUCGUGCAGCAAACACAGCACACACCCACCGUUUCCCUCGAACCCUGGAACACUCAACAGCUUCAGCCAUCUGCCACCUCCUAGAGAGCUGAUGGAGAAAGAGAUGGAGGCUCACAACACAGGGAGCCUCGGGGUUGGAGAGAGGCUACGAACCAGACAUAUUCCGAACUGCACCAAUGUCUGAAAUGAUGGAAUGAAGAAAGGUUUGAUGAUGAAAUAUCAUCAUUUUGUAUAUGUUUGAAGAAAUUGUACAUGCUCUGUAAUUAUGGUACUUUCCCCUUCAAUUUUCCUGUUAUUGUGAUGCUUUUUAUUAUUAUUGUGGUGUUUAACAUUUGAGCUUGAUAAUCAAUUACAAGUUACUGGAGAAAAUAUUAUUACGUACAAGUGUAAAUAAGAUCAAAAUCUCUUAUAGCAGAUUAAUAUUGUAUUACAUCAGCAAUUGAGGAGUAGUUUUUCUCACCUCUAACACUGGGUUCACAUCAAACGCAAAUUAAGUGAUUUGCUUGAGUAAAUUAGAUACAAAGUCAAUGCAAAGACUCGUAUAGACGCGAACGCACGUCAAUCUUGUCUACCGCAAAGGUUGAAAUAUUUGUCAGCUCGAGUCACUCACGCGAAAUUAACGAAGUUUUAAUAAAAAGCGCGUUUGGUGUGAACCCAGCAUAAUACAGUUAUCAGAUAUCCAUACUAAGAUGGUUAACCAAAACUUUUUGUAAAUCAUUUUUCUGCAUGCUCACUUGUAGAUUUAUUAAGAUGAUCUGCCUUUAUUUGUAUAAAGCUCACUUUUAGAGAUCAAAAUGAAAACCACGUAAAUUGACAUGUUUUCAUACUGUAACAUUAAUAUUUAAUAUAAUAAUGAUUUAAAACAUACGCUUAUUUAAAGGUUUUAACUAGCUGUUUUUGAAAUUGGUAGUUAUUUUCAGAUGUAAAUAGUUAUUGAGAGAAGCACGGGUUUAGAAUUGAAUAGAUGUAAGUGGCACAAAUAGAGGGGGGUACCUUCAUCUGCAGAGACGGCUCAUUUUUUAAACGCCUCAUCUGCUGAACAUGUCCAUUUGUGCCUUGGCUGUGCGUAUUACUGUCGUAGGAUGGCAACAUUCUUUAUUUCGUUUCAUAAUAAUAUAUUCCCAGACAUAUAACCAUGUGGAAUGCAUGUUUCAUUGCUUACUAAUUGUGGACAGCCAGUUUUAUAUUCUACUGUAAACUGAAGGUCACUUUAAUCUGAAUAAAUGUAUUUUUACAUUA